GUGGCCAUGCUGUGGAUCCGCCGCGACCGGCUGCUCAUCCUGCUGCUGCUCGGGGCGCUGUUGAGCGCAGACGUCUACUUCCACCUCUGGCCCCAAGUGCGGCAGCGGCUGGCCGGGGACAACGCGGGCCGGUCGGGGGGACCUUGCGCCUGCCCGGGGGAAGAAGCCGCGUCUGCCUCCAGCCUCCAGCCGCCGCCGCCGCCAGACAGCGCGGAGAAGAACGGAGCGGAGGAAACCAGCCCGGCUCGCAGAUCCAAGCUGCGGCGGCUCUUCGCACACCCCCUCUACAGCGCCCCCGAGCGGCCGGCGGAGAAGCUGCUCGGCAGGCAGGAGGCGCUGCGCUAUUACCGCCGGAAAGUAGCCCGCUGGAACAGGAGACACAAGAUUUACAAAGAGGAGCGCAACCUCACCUUGGACUCACUGAUACAGUUCAAGCAGGAAGCAAGCUGGCUCCAGUUCCACCUGGGAAUCAAUCGCAAUGCACUGUAUCCACGGUCCAGCCCUGCUGUUGACCAGCUUCUCCAGGACAUGCCUCGUUUCAGCACCAUUAGCGCUGAUUACAGUCAGGACGAGAAAGCAUUGCUAGGUGCUUGUGACUGCACACAAAUUGUAAAACCCAGUGGAGUGCAUUUGAAAAUUGUUCUACGGUUUCAGGACUUUGGGAAAGCUAUGUUCAAACCUAUAAG